GUUAUUUGGAUGACAUUGAAUUUGUUGGUAUUAAAUCCCAUAGUAAACAAGAAAUACAACAAAAAAAAGUGCGACGCCAUCGAUGUAAACACAAACAUAUGGCGACGAUCAGCUGCUCAGUACAAAACAGUGGAAAUCGUACAUCAACGCUAAUCGGUUGGAAUUGCCAAAAAGUGUUUUUGCAUCAUUGAAAUAUAUAAAAAUAAAGUGUUUUAUGCAUGUAUUUGCGUUGCAAAUUAAUCAGUAUUAUAUAAUUAUUUCAUUAUUGUUGUUGAGGGUGUGAAGUGAUUAAUAAAAAGGCGAAUGUUUAGUAUUCGUGUUUAAGUGAUCGAUUUAUCAGGUUCUAAGCAAAUCCAUCUAACACAAAACACGGUUUGUUGUUGUCAUGAGUGGAGUUGCCAAUCGCCUAUAAAAAGCAGGAGCUAAUCAGAGAUAUGUCAAAAAAGCUGCCCACACAUUCAGCAAUGCGAAACAAUUCGUUAAUCAAAACAUUGCGUUCAAUUAAAUAUUAAAACUUGAUUGCCGCGUAUGGUCGAUUGGUCGAUUGGUCGGACGGUCGGUUGGUCGGACGGUGGGGGUCUGCUGAGUCAAUACUCUGGAAGUGUUAGCUGCGCUACUAUACCCUUGCAGCGCAUAGUAUUAGUGGGCCUAGCGAUGCAAUUCAUUUCAAAUAUUAACGCCUACAAAUUGCCGACAAGAGGCGCUGCUGCUGCUGCUGCGGUUGCACUUUUGCCAGUUCUCUGCAUUUUAUCUUUUAUCAAUGGUUCUGCGGCACACAUUGGCGCUCGACAACGCAUCAACGCGUAUGGCGAUGUCAACGAUGACGUUACGGUGAAUGUGAAUGCGGAGAAUACGCGCCCAAUCAUCGGUAUUCUCACGCAGGAAGUGUCAAAUUUUGUGCUGCGCCAUUAUCCGGAAAAGGAUUACAAGAGUUAUAUAGCCGCUUCGUAUGUGAAAUUUGUUGAGGGUGCCGGCGGACGUGUGGUGCCGAUUUGGAUUGGGCGAGAGAAAGAAUACUACGAGGACAUUAUGUCUAAAAUUAACGGUGUCCUACUGCCAGGCGGUGCAACUUAUUUCAAUCAAUCGCGUGGCUAUGCCGAUGCUGGUCAACACAUUUACAAUAUUGCCAUUGAAAUGAAUGAGGCCGGCACAUAUAUGCCCAUUUGGGGCACUUGCUUGGGUUAUGAGCUUAUGAUCUAUUUAACAGCGAAUCGUACAGAUUUACGCACCGAGUGCUCGUCAUCGGCGCAAGCAUUACCGCUGGAAUUCGAGAAAGGCUACAACAAUAGCAGACUGUUUGGCAAUGCCAGCGCUGAAGUGUUGCACAUAUUGAGCACAUACAAUGUAACAGUAAAUUUUCACAUCUUCUGCUUUACGAAGGAGACAUUUGCCAUGUACGACCUCAACAAGUACUGGGAUGUGCUUAGCGUCAAUAAUGACUGGUAUGGCGCAGAAUUCAUAUCGACCGUGGAGCAUGUCAAAUAUCCAUUUUAUGGCGUGCAAUUUCAUCCGGAAAAAAUUCUUUAUGAAUUCAUUCCUAAUCGAAAUAUUACACACACUUCGCAAGCUGUCAUCGCGUCACAAUAUUUUGCAGACUUUUUUGUGAAUGAAGUGCGUAAAAAUCGACAUUCUUUCGCCAAUCGUACAGAGGAGAUCGAUGCGCUCAUCUACAACUAUCAGCCGGUGUACACGGGUGCUAAGGGUUCUGCUUUCGUCCAACAAUAUUUGUUUGAGGCAUAUAACGCCAGCACAUCAUCAGCAUUUCUAGCGGGUGCCACUCAGUGGCAUUGUUUGUUGGCAUUGAUUACGAUAUGUGUCGUGGGAGCGUGGAGGCGUGUAUGACGUCAUAGUGGUCUCAGAAUUUUUUAGGCUAUUCGGUCAUUUAGUUUAGUCAUUAAUUUUAUUGCUUGUUUAACUAUUUUGUUGCCAUAAUUUUUGAUAAUCACUCGCUGCUAAUAUGUAUGUAUGUUUGUAUGUAGUUCCUUUAGAAAAUGAUAAUCAAUGCAUUUUUUACAUAUAUGUAAGUAUGUAUGUGCAAACAAAGAGCUUAAAGUAUGAAAGCAUAUUAAAGUAGAGAGACGGUCAUCAACGCAUUUUAAUGCCUGCCUAAAUCUAGCACUGCUACAAUUUUGAAUGUAAUAGGUGUAUUCACUCAAACUGAAAAUGUCUUGUAAAGCUCGAAAGCUUCGACCGAACUGCCAAGUAUUUAUGAAAACAUUUUUUUUUUAGGCUGAAUUUUCUAACUUUUCGAGUUCGGUGAAUGCUUCUAUGGUUCUUUUUAGUUCCCCCAAGGCAGAUCAAAGAGGCAUUUGAGCAAAAACAAAAAAAAAACAACAUUUAAGUGUAUUUUAUGGUUGCUUCUGGUCUCUAAAGUGUCAAACAAAAUUUCAGAUUUUUUUUUUUAAAUAUAUAUAAACAAAUAUUAAAAAAAAAAUAAAUUUAAAUGUCUUUUUGGUAUUUUUUUUUUACUCUGUAAGACCCAGUAGUCAGCGUUUGUGCUCCUGACUUAAGCGAUCAUUCCAAAAUAACGUUCAAUCGCUUCCUUUUAUGCAAAAAUGUUGUUUCACUUGAAAAUAGAUAAACAAAAUAGAAAAAAUAAUAAACAAUAUUUGACACUUCAGAGACCAGAUAAUUAAUAAAAAAUCUAAUCAGCUGAUCUAAUGAUACUAUCUGUUAAAAUGCCUAUGUAGCACUGUCUAGGCGAUACAACUUUAUUUAAGCAUUAAAAAUAUUUAAACUCAGCAGCUAUGCCUUAAUCGUAGAGUAUGAAAAGUAAAUAUUUAUAUACACAUUUCUGUAAAAAAGUAUUUAAAAAAGCGGCAUUUAAAGCUAGUGAGCUAUUAAAAUUACUUUAUCCUUUCGUAAGUGUAAUAAAAAUGAUUU